AUGGACACCGAGGAAGUUGAGCCAGAUGCGGGUAGAAAGCGUGGAUAUGGCACAAUCAGCGGCGCCAUGGCCAUCGAGGACCCAGAGCCGACGAGCUGCAUGCCAAUGCUGCGGGCAUGGCCGAAGAGCACCUUCCUAAUCAUCGUCAAUGAAUUUUGCGAGCGCUUUUCGUAUUAUGGGAUGAGAUCCGUGCUAACCCUCUACCUGAUCAACAUCCUCAAAUAUUCGGCCAACACGGCCACGAUACUUUACCACAGCUUCAACGUGCUAUGCUACGGGUCGCCGAUGAUUGGCUCGAUUAUAGCUGAUGGAUAUAUUGGCAAAUUUUGGACCAUUUUCUUCAUCUCAAUCUUUUAUGCUUGCGGCCAAAUCGCACUCGCCGUGGCAUCAACUUUUGGGCCGACCUCCUCACUACAUCCAUGGCUCGAUCUGCUCGGGCUUUUCGUGAUCGGUAUGGGCACCGGCGGGAUCAAGCCUUGCGUCUCAGCGUUUGGUGGUGAUCAAUUCAAGCAACACUACCUGCUCAUGAUCUCAAUCUACUUUUCCGUGUUCUACUUCACGAUCAAUGCCGGCUCGACGAUCUCGUCGUUCAUCUCGCCGAUUAUGCGAUCCCAGCCCUGCCUCGGCCAUGACAGCUGUUACCCGCUGUCCUUCGGAAUCCCGGCAAUUUUGAUGAUUGUGGCUGUCGGGAUCUUCAUGCUCGGCUCCCCACUCUACAAGAAGGUACCCCCGAAAGAGAACACCAUUUUUCGGGUGUUGGCGGCGAUUCGGCGAUCGUUGGGUAAUAAGCUGAGGGGGAAGAAGAAGCGGGACCACUGGUUGGACCAUUAUUUUGAUACGCACGACUGCGAGACGGAUCCGCAUUGCCGGGAGGCCAAGGGGAAGUGUGUUCAGGUGCGUUUCAUCGACGACGUGAAGCAGCUGGUGCGGAUCUCCGUGAUAAUGUUGCCCCUGCCGUUCUUCUGGACGCUCUAUGAUCAGCAGGGGUCCCGUUGGGUCAUUCAGGCGGUGGCUAUGGACUCGCGGAUCAGCGACGGCUUCUCCCUGCUGCCCGACCAAAUGAGCACGCUGAACGCGCUUCUGAUUAUGAUCUUUAUCCCGAUCUUUCAGGGCCUAAUCUACCCGGGCGUCGAGCGAAUGGGCAUCAGAUGUACGCCACUGCGGAAGAUGGUGGCUGGCGUGUUCUUGGCGGCCGUCUCGUUCGUCAUCUGCGGUUUCGUGCAGAUUGCCGUCAACCGCACCCUGCCCGACAUUCCCGGCUCGUCGCAGGCAUUCGUCUCCGUCGUCAAUGCGUAUCCCAGCGGCACCUGUGAUUUUGAAGUGAAUCUGCCCGAUUUUUCGAGCCAGGUUGUUCCGGCGAAUUCGUCCUUGAUCGAUAACGAGUUGGAGAAGACGAAGCAGCUGUAUCGCCUUCACGUCGGCUCUGGUAUGACGGCCAACUUUCAGUUCGCUAGAGCAGCAAGCUCCUCAAACUGCACGAUAGACCCGUUCACCGUGGCUGCCACGCUGAAAGGAGGAAAAUCCUAUAUGGUGACCUUGCUCCCCGGUGGGAGGAGCUUGAUAAGGGAGGCCAGCUGGGAUAAGCCGCAGGAGGGUCAGGGGCAAUUUGCGCUCGGCGUCAACAUGGCCGUCCCGUGCGCGCGGUUUGAGCAGCUGAACGGAACCUCGUGCUCAGCGAGCAGUUUUAACGGCAGUUUCGCGCUCUGCAGAUAUGACAAGGAGUGCGAUCCGCAAAAGCAUGAUUGGUACUACGCGUGGAAAAGCAGCGACGAUAAGGCUGUAAAAAGGCUUGAUGUCCAAAACGGGAGCCCUGCUUUCGCGCUUGAUUAUUUGGAUAUUAAGCCUGGAACGUACAAGCUCUAUUUGGUGAAUUAUUUAAAAGAUUAUUCCGGCGAUCAUACUCCUCGAAAAUCCGAGAUUCAGACUUUAUCUCUCGACGUCUACGUCCAGGUGAACCGAAUGGGUGGCGUUUACACGCUGACCGUCACUGAUCAGGACGAUUUGGAGGGGUCUCCCCUAAUCGCCACGCUGCACACGAUCGUCCCCGAGAACCACAUGAACAUUUUGUGGCAGGUUCCGCAGUACUUCGUGAUCACGGCCGCCGAGAUCUUAUUCUCCAUCACUGGGCUCGAAUUUGCGUAUUCGCAGUCCUCUCCCAGCCUAAAAGCCGUGGUGACUGCCAUGUGGCUGUUCACGCAAGCCCUCGGCGAUGCGGUCAUCAUCGUCAUUGACGAGCUCGACUUGUUCCAGAAUUUGGCCGUCGAAUUCUUCGUCUACUCCGGGAUUCUGUUUGUCGUCGUGGUCGUCCUGUUACUCUUGUCAAUCUUUUACUACGAAUACAAAGAAGUUAUGGUGGAGACCGACGGCGGGAGUUUCAGCGUCAAAGUUGCUCUCGAAAACUCAGGUUACGUGGACGAUGAGGGGACAACGAAACUU